GGACUGAGCUAACAGAGACCAUCACAUAAGUGACACAGUGUGAGAGCUGGACGGAGUGGAGAUAACAGCAGUGGGAUCACUGGAUCUGACAAAUAUCACAGGGAGACAUCAGGUCCCGGAAAGGAUCAAUACUCCUUCUAGCAUGAGCAACCUCAGUCGUUCCUUCGUCAACGACACAAACCCAGAGCAUGACAGCGUCGUGAGCAAUGAUUUCUCCACGGCCCUGGGUGCCCUCAUCCUCAGCUUGGUAUUCCUCCUGGGCGUCCCUGGCAACCUCUUCAUCGUCUGGAGCAUCCUGGCCCGCACCCGACGACGCUCGGUCACCACCCUCCUCAUUCUCAACCUGGCGUGCGCCGAUGGCUUCCUCAUGGCCCUCACCAUCUUCUUCGUCGUCUACCUGGCCAAGCAGACGUGGGUCUUCGGUGACGUCAUGUGUAAGGGCCUGUUCUACCUGUGCAACUCCAACAUGUACGCCUCCAUCUUCCUGAUCACACUGAUGAGCGUGCACAGGCUGGUGGCCGUGGUGUUUCCGAGGAAAGUGUCGUCCCUGGUCAGCAGGAAGAUUGUGAGGAGGGUCAUCGUUGGCAUGUGGGUGGUGGUGAUGGUGAUCGCGAUCCCCUCGCUUGUGUUUCGAGACGUGAGAGAGGACAAAGAUGAGAGGAAUAAAAAAAGAUUGGUGUGUGCGCCCAACCACACGUUGCCCCGACAUGUGAGGUUUCAGUACGCCUUUGAGACAGUGGCGGGAUUCAUUCUACCUUAUGCAGUCAUCAUAGUCAGCUACGUGCUCAUCCUGAGACGCCUGAGGCAGACCAAGUUCCGCAGAAAGGUCCGCAGCGAGAAACUCAUCCUGGCUAUUGUGGUGAUGUUCGGCCUGUUCUGGCUGCCGUACCACGUUAUCAACAUGAUACAGGUGGCAGCUGAGUGGUACCCAGACAAUUCUCCCACAAGAGAAACAUUGGACCAUAUCUCCAAGUCCAGCCGUGCAGUGACCUCGGCUCUGGCCUUCAUCAGCAGCUGUGCCAAUCCUGUCCUCUACACCUUCGCUGGGAAGUCCUACAUCAAGCAGAACGGCUUCGCCUUCAUGGCUCGUCUCUUUGAGGGCACGUCUAUGGAUCAGACAGUAAAGAGUCGGGCCAUGGGUAAAGACAUUGUGGGAACCAGUAACGCUGACUCCUCAAACAGCACGGUAAUGUCUGCUUCGCAAAACGGGAGAUGAGCAAUUAAUUAAUUUUGUGCAUGAAUCAGAGAAAAUGUGUAAAAUGAAAGAUGUACAUGAGUGUAUUUUGGUGAAAGCCAACAUUUGAGCCUGAAUUUGCUGUGCUUAAAAAAUACAGACGCACCAACUUAGACCUGACCGACAAGUGUUUUGUAAAUAAAGUGUUGAAAGAAACGUAUAUUUGACUGGAAGUCAGUGGUGCAGGUGCCAGAAAUGUGUCUGACUUGGAUACCAAAGCUGUAAAUAUUUUUUUAAUGUUUUUUUAUUCCAUUUUGUGUCAGUUACAGGGAACAACACUUGAACAAGGAAAACAUAAUGGACUUUAAGCCCCCUAUUUAGCAUUUAAUAGCCAUUUAACAGGUGCAGAUAUGGCAUUACAUUGUAAAUUAUUAAUGUACAGUAUUUGUUGGUAAUUAUAACUGAAUACAACUGUAAUACUGUCACUAAUGCAGCAGCAUCCGCUUGUGUGCUGACAGUGCGUUUGUAUGUGUAUCUGCUUUCAACUACAUGAUAGCAUUAUAACCCUUUAUAAAUGUACUGCUCAUAAAUGACAAAUUGGGAGACUUGCUCAUUAAUCUAAACACUGUUCAGAUAAAUGACAUUUGUACAGAGCUCAACUGUAACUCACUGGUGCAUGUUCACUUUCAGGCCACAGAAAUCAAUACUAUUGAAUCAAUAAACCAUCUUAUUUUGUAUCAACUUUGCACAAACUGCACCAGAUUUUCUACUUGAGUGUACUCCUUACCUUUUACUUGAGUCUUUCUGAAAAGUGUUAUGCACUGAUACAUUGCAUUUAAAGCACUGUAGUUAGUUUUUAUUCCCCCAUUUGUGAUUCAACUUGUAAUUUUAUUGUUCAAUAAAGCAGAAAUUUACAGCUG